CAGAAGCAUGGUGUUUCCGAUAUGAAGGAGCGGCAGCGCUGGCAACCCGAAGAAGACGCCCUCCUCCGCGCCUACGUCAGACAAUAUGGCCCCCGAGAAUGGGCCCUCGUCUCCCAGCGAAUGGGCCAGCCCAUCAACCGCGACCCCAAGUCCUGCCUCGAGCGCUGGAAGAAUUAUCUCAAGCCGGGACUGAAAAAAGGCUCGCUCUCGCCGGAGGAGCAGUCGUUGGUCAUCGAGCUUCAGGCCAAGUACGGCAACAAGUGGAAGAAGAUCGCCGCCGAGCUCCCCGGCCGGACUCCCAAGCGCCUCGGAAAAUGGUGGGAGGUCUACCGUGAAAAGCAGCUCAAACACCUCUCCAAACACCACAACUCCUCCUCCGCCGCCGCCACCACCGUCUGCUGCUCCGCCACCGCUUCGUCCUCGUCGUCUCAGCCGGAGGGAAAUAUCAUCACUGUCGCCGGGAUUUCCUCGCCGGAUAUAGCCGCACAGGGGCCCUACGACCACAUUCUCGAGACUUUCGCCGAGAAAUACGUCCAGCCCAAGCUCUGCUUUGGCAUGGUACCCGAAACCGACCCGCUUCUGUCACUCGGUUCGGGUCCGGGUCUGCCGCCUUGGAUGAACCCGCCGUCCGCGGCGUCAUCCACUUCCUCCAGCUCUCCUUCCGUGAGCCUGUCGCUGUCGCCGUCGGACCCGGUUCACGACCCGGACCCAACCCGGUUGGGGACGCUGGUGCAGUGGUGCAGGGAGGUGGAGGAGGGGAGGCAGAGCUGGAUGCAGCACAAGAAGGAGGCCACGUGGCGGCUGAGCAGGCUGGAGCAGCAGAUGGAGUCGGAGAAGGCGAGGAAGAGGAGGGAGGCGGUGGAGGAGGUGGAGGGUAAGAUAAGGUCGUUGAGGGAAGAAGAGGCGGCGUAUAUGGGUCGGAUUGAGAGCGAGUACAGAGAGCAGAUGAGCAUUUUGCAGAGGGAAGCGGAGAGCAAAGAGGCGAAGCUGGUUGAAGCUUGGUGUAGUAAGCAUGUCAGGCUUGCUAAGCUUGUAAAUCAACUUGGGGGUCAGGGCCUUAAUCCUCAUGCCAGUCAUGAAUUACCGAAGUAGUCACGAGUUGUUCAGUUUCCUUUGCAUGUUUAUGGAAAAAACUUGCGUCUAACUGCGCGCCAUUGGUGUUUUGAAGUUGUGUUUGUCUUGUAUUCUCUUUUCGAUUAGACCUCAUUGCAAAUUAGUAAACUACCAACCCUAGAAUGGCUGGGCGGAGAAAUGAUCCGAUCAAGUUAUCUUUCAAGUUACCUAGUUGUGUUCAUUGUUUUGUCAAAUCUGAUUA